AUGAGAGCCGCCAAGGCAAGCACAUCGGUCCAGGAGCCACCACAGGCGCACCUGAGGUCGUCCAACAACAGUUACGACGAUUCGCUGCAUUUCAACGGCUCCUUUGCCGCUUCCUCACCUCAUUUCAAACCCAGCAAGUCGCUGCAAGACGAAUUUGAGUCUAUCGACGCCUCCAACCAGUCCUUCACUCCCAUGAAGCUGCCCAAGCGAACUGCGGCUUCUACUGUAGCGGCCGAAAACGUUCUCAAGCCAAACAGAGUGCCUUCCUAUGGUACCACAUUUCUGCAGAGACCUCUCGAAGGCCCUGUUGUCGGCCAGAAGCCCAACAAGAAGUUCACCGAGCGUCUUUACAACGCCUUUUCCGGAAACUACAAGCCUCCCCCUACGGUUGUGCCUGAAACAUCGUUUGAUGCGUCUCAUCUGGAGUCUCAGGAUCGAACUCAGUCUGUUUUCUCUGCUUGGAGCAACAAAUCCGGUGCUGUUGACCAUGAUGAUGAGGUGGAGGAUGCCAGGCAGAGACACGCUGCCCAACUGUACCGACAACACCAGGCUGAGCUGGAGCAAUCACUGCAGGAGGCUUCUCGGAUGGACUUCAAGGAAUCCUACGAGGUGCUGGAGGCCCGACGACAGCAGAUCCAGGAACAGAUUGAGCGACAAAAGGCCCAGGCCGAGGGCCGACCGGUGCGAAGUAAGAAGGCACCCGGAGCGUUUUUGGACCUGACGUCCGAGCAGCUCAAACAGGUCGACGACCUGUGGCGGUCUUCGCCUCACAAUGUGAUCAUCGACAAGUUCCGAAUUGAUCUCAAGGGCGACGAUAUCCACAAGCUCAAGGACGGCCGAUGGCUCAACGACAACGUGAUCAACUUUUACUUCGCCAUGAUCACCGAGCGGUCCAAGAAGGCAGAGGGAAAGUUGCCAGUCAUUGGGUGCAUGGUUACGCAGUUCUUCAAAAACCUGCAGGAAAAGGGCUACUCUGGGGUUGCCCGAUGGGCCAAGAGAGCCGGAAUCGACGUAACAAAGGCCGAUUACGUCUUUUUCCCUCUCAACUUGAACAACAACCAUUGGUGUUUGGCCGUUUUGGAUAACGUCAAUAAGCAGAUUCGACAGCACGACUCCCUUAACGGAGACGGAACUAGAAACCUGCACAUCAUCAAGGACUAUCUUCGUCAGGAGGCCGAGAAGAUGCAUCCAGGUUCGGGGGGUAUGUUUGACGAGUACGAGAUUGUGCCUCGAGCAGAGUCCCCCCAGCAGUUUAAUGGAGUUGACUGUGGUGUGUUCACGUGUCAGAACAUCGAGCUCAUGGCGCGAAACGCCCCUCUCAACUACUCACAGGAGGAUAUGCCUACGAUUAGAAGGCGAAUCGUAUAUGAGGUUUGUACGGCAGAGUUUCUGACUCAUGCCCAGGGUAAGCUAUAA